AUUCAUUUACAUCGUUCCAUUCACUUAAUAAUGACUAUGUGGUGUAUGGAAUAACCCAUUGAGCUUUUUCUGUGUCUCGGCGGCCAAAUGUGGACAUCGACCGUCGCGCCAAGCUGCGGAAUGCAAGGCACCCAAUCCGCAUCGCUGCGCCUGCGGGCUCGCCACGGUUUACGACUGCCGUCCCCGGGAUGCGUAACCCGGGGGCAUUCAUGGCGCCACCCCGGCAGCGAACAUCGCCACAUGGCUGGGUGGUUCAGCCCCGCCCAUGUUGCCAUUUCGCCACCCCUGACAACCUGCGCCGCUAGGUCGCCACGUCACAAUGACGCAGCCUCCUCCUCCGCACCCUCCUCCCAGCCACGCUCCUCGCCCUCGCCCUCCUCCGCUUCUUCUUCGUCAUCUUCAACCUCUCGGAAAGCAUCGCCUCGCGGUCGCGUGGAUGACGAAGAGGAGGAGGAGGAGGAAGAGGACCUGACAGCAGGUGAUGGCUUUCUCAACUUUGGUGAUGAAGACGAGGAGGACGAGGAGGAGGCGGACGCUGACGCUGACUUUGGUGAGGAGGGCGAUGAUGAUGAUGAUGAUGAUGAUGAUGAGGAUGAUGAUGGAGAGGGGGGCGAGGACUACGCUUCUUCCUUUCUGGAGCCCGACGACGCGCCUCGGGAGGUCCUCACGGGCGACACGGGCUGGGGCGAGGCAGUGCUGCGGGCGGCGCAGGGCGUGCUGGCACAGCCCAACAUGCAGGGUCUGGACCUCUACCUCUUCCGCGCGCUGCCCGGCAGUCGCAAGGUGGACAUCCGGCUGGACAAGCUGACGGACCUGUACGGCUCGCCGUCCAUUGACGACAUCGAGCGCUUCCAGAGGGGGCUGAUGGCAGCCCUAGAGCGGGACCUGGGCGCCGAGGCUGCCGGCGAUAUCUCGUUCGAGGUGUCCUCCCCGGGUGCUGAGCGGCUGGUGCGCGUGCCGGAAGAGCUGCGGCGGUUCGGGGAGCUGCCUCUCAGGGUCGAGUACCGAGUUGCGGAUGGUGCGCCCCAAGCGGGCGCCGGCCCCGGCACUGCUGCUGCCCCCGCUGCUGCUGCUUCGAGCGGCAGCAGUGAUAGCAGUGGCGGCAGCAGUGGCAGUAGCGGCGCCAGGCAGGAGGUGAGUGCGGUGCUGCUGCUUGCCGAUCUGGACGAGUCGGCGGGUCGCAGCGAAUGGCGGCUGGCGAACGUGCGAGCCAACGCGACUGUCAAGGGGCGCGCGCUGUCGAAGCGGCAGUUGGCGCAGCGGUUGGUGAUUCCGCUGUCUGACAUCCUGCGGGUUCGCAUCCACGUGGACUUUUAGGGAGAGGAAGAAGGGGAGGUGGAGGGUGGUGUAAGGAGAUAGGAGGGUAGUGUAAAGAGAAGGAGAAAAGGAGGGUGGGUUAGGUUGGGCGUUCAGAGGGAGGAGGAUGGAGCUGGACGGAGGAAGGAAGGGUGAAUAUGGUAGUAAUGGGACGAAGUCCGUGACCAUGUGAAAUAGCGGAUCAUCCUCAGGAGGAAUCCAUCAUCAAGAGACGGAGGGAGGGAGGGAUGGCUGUGGAACCUGUGAAG